AUGAACCUUCACCAGUGCCUGCUGGGCAACAAUGGGCAUAUGCGCUUGGUUCAGUAAGUGGGACGACUCUCCGAGGGCUGGGCAGGGGUGGCACAGAGGAAUUCGAGGCAUUCCCUCUGCUUCUCUCCAUUGAUGAACCCUUUCCCUCCCUUCCAGGUCAGUGAAUAAUUUCCUGAUGACUGGUCCCAAGGUAAGUGCGUUUCCUUUGAUCUGUGUUUCUAAUUCCAACAAGCCAAAAUCGGCUGGGAAUCAGGCUUGUUUCCAGCCUCCCAGGUUUGCUAAGGUUUGGACAGGGGCUCCCUGCACUCUCUGUCUCUUGAGUGCCGAAUCUUAAGCACAAAAAGCAAGGAAAGAAGCUGUUUUUCUCUUUUACUAAAGAGUUCAGGGCAGUAUUCCCCGUCCCCCGUCCCCAAAUUCUAUCUUCCCAACAUCCCUGUCCAAGGCAAUCCAAAGAGGUUUAUGGCUGGGCAGGUUUCAGAGAUUUGAAUCCAAGUUGCUAAAGUCCAGAUUCAACUCUUCUACACCAUAGUAGCUGAGGCCUUGAACUUUACGCAUAGUGCUAAGCAGUGCUAUUUUUCUAGAAAAAGAGGUGCCGGAACUCACCAUGAAUGCUUCCCUUGUUCUCUUAUAAUGGCAAUGGCACCCACCUGAGAGAUGCUGAAAAAAGCUCUGGUGCUAGGGUUACCAGUUUGCUGGCUUUUUUGGUUAUUAUUUUAUUGGUCCCUAUUCUUGCACCUUUCAUGUAUUAGGGACGCGGGUGGCGCUGUGGGUUAAACCACAGAGCCUAGGACUUGCCGAUCAGAAGGUCGGCGGUUCGAAUCCCCGUGACGGGGUGAGCUCCCAUUGCUCGGUCUCUUCUCCUGCCAAGCUAGCAGUUCAAAAGCACGUCAAAGUGCAAGUAGAUAAAUAGGUACCACUCCAGCGGGAAGGUAAACGGCAUUUCCGUGCACUGCUCUGGUUCGCCAGAAGCGGCUUAGUCCUGCUGGCCACAUGACCCAGAAGCUGUAUGCCGGCUCCCUUGACCAAUAAAGCAAGAUGAGCGCCACAACCCCAGAGUCGGUCACAACUGGACCUAAUGGUCAGGGGUCCCUUUACCUUUACCUUAAUGCUAAUUUCCAUGCUGUGGAAUUGCUCUGCUUUCCUUUGGACCAAAUCAGCGAGGCUGAGGGUGGGGGGUCUUGUCGUCUGAGCAGCCCAGGACCUCCAGACACACUUGUUCCCCAGGAAGGUCACUUCUGUGUUGCCAACACAGUGAUUUACCCCCGGAGGCGCACUCCAUUCUCUCUCAAGACAGACAAAUGCCAACAACAGCCAUGUUGAGGGGCGUGUGGAAGCAUCACCUGAUCGAGCCCAGAGAUGUCAAGUAUAAAAUGGAGCAGGUCAACAUAUAAAUGCAAUCUAGCAAAUACAAGAACAGUUCCUUGAGCUAACAGCCUCAUAAGCUUCUUGAGUUUUAGUGGCCUAGCAUGGGGGGACCCACAGGGGCAGUUUCCCUGGCGUCAAAAUGGUCAGGGGCACAAAAUUGCAACACCCGGCACUGCCUCAAUACUUCUGUUGCUGAGCUCUGUUGAAAAUGGCUUCUCCAGGCAAACCAGGAAGUGGCAUCUCAAGACAACAGAACAACUCUUCUUAUUUCUCUAGUCGCAAUCUCCUGGGUGAUGUUCCGAGCGCUGGCAUUUUGCUACAAAAACCUGCUUAAUCUUUUAGAUACAGGAGUGAGGGUCAGACAGAGGCAGUAAAAGUCGAACAUAGUGGUGGUUGGGACAGUUAGAGUGAAAGACGGAUGGAACUGAGAGAGAAGAGUGUGACAGUGUGAGAUAGUGCCACAUCUAGUUAAGGGCGCACAUCUGAGAAACCGUUCUGAACAUAUUUAAAACUUGUUUGUUCUUCAAUAAACUUUAAUCUUCAUUGUUGACUUUACAACCUGACUGAGACUCAGAAGAAACCUGGUUGGUGGCAGCAGAAGAAUAAAGCAGUGGUGUACAGGUCAAUAGUCAGUAAAACGACUGGGGGCUCUGAACAAACACCACAAAAUUGGGCUCUCCCCACCUGUGUAUUCUGCAACAGUGCAUUGGCGGUAGAUUUAUUUUGCUUUCGUGUGUUCUGCAGUGCUUCCUCAAUGCUUCCACAUUAUUGCCUUCUGGAGGGGCAAUAGCGGAACGAAAGCAAAACAAAAUAAAGUGGUACCUCUACUUACGUUCACCUCUGGUUAUGUAUCGUUUGGGAUAUGUACACAGCAAACCCAGAAAUAUUUUUCUGGGUUUCGCCACACGCACAUGCGCAGAAGCGCUCUACGUGCCACACACAUGUGCAGAAGCACUAAACCGCACCACACGCAUGCGCAGAAGUGGCACCUCCAGGUAAGCACACCUCGGGAUCCAUCUGGAGCUCCAGAAUGGAUCCCCUGCAAAACAGGAGGUACCACUGUAAAGAAACGAGAACAUUUGCGGCAUAAAAUUUACCAGAUUUCUUAUGCGAUAUGCCCUGAUUUGGAAGCGAAGCAGUGUGACUCCCCCAAAAAAAGUUUGCAGAUGCAAACAGUAUUAAAAGUGGAUUGCAUGUGACCAUUCCUGUAGCAUCUUAAGCACAAAAAUUCCUGGGUGCCUAAUAAGAAGGAGAUUUGAAGGGGCCCUUUGGCUGUAAUCCUAUGCACACUUACUUAGGAGUAAGCCCCAUUGAAGCUGCUCUGCCGGUCCGUCUGUUGCAGCAAAAGCAAACACAGCUGCCUGCCUUGAAGACUUUGAAUAGGGCUUCCUCCACCGAUACUGUUUCAUAGAGGAAAACACCAUAUUGAACUUGGCCCCCUGAAGUAAAAGGAAGGAAUGGAAAGGGGGUGGGGAGUUGAGGAGGGGGCCAAACAUCUGAAGAGUCUAGAUAAAAGUCUGGCUGUACUUGACAGGUUUGCUGUUUGGGGGCUGGGCUGGGAGGUGGAUUAAGAAGCUGGGAGAAAGCAUGAUCCAAGUGGGAAGUUAGCAAACGACACAAACGAGAGGCUCUGCAGUUCUCAACAGUGUGGGGUCUGGCUCAGCCAUGCAGUUAGCACAUAGACCAGGUCAGGGAAAGCCCAGCACAUAGACCAGGUCAGGGAACCUGCAAAAAGAAAACGGGAGCAAACUAACUAAAACACAAAACAAAUGAACAAAACACCUAUGUGGUAAAUGGUGGUAUUGAUCCUGAUCCAAAGGGUUCCAUAUUCUACUGGUCCUUCUUCAGGGAAGUUGAGAGAACAGUAAUUCAAAGUCCCUAUGUGCUGCUAGAGACCCUGUUUUCCAGGGACGGUCCUGGAUAUACAGAAGCCGUCCCAGUUUUUUAUUUGAUCCUGGAAUGUCCCACUUUUCUUUAGGACGUCCCUAUUUCCAUUGGAGAAAUAUUGGAGGGUAUGUGCUGGCCCUUCUAUCUCUUACCCAGAGGAGACAGAAGAGCUAGCACAUCCAGAUUUCGAAUUCCUCUUAUUUGAAAUUCCUGAGGAAGGACCAGUAGGGUCUGAUGCGCAUUGGCUCAAUAAGCCCUUUCCCUCUCUGUCCUGCUGCUUUUUUGCUUUUAUUUCCAGGUCAGGCAAAGCAGCCUUCUGUGCCAGAACUAGUGCUGGGCUGCGGUGCACCAUAAAAUCUUAGAAUCAUAGAACUGUAGAGUUGGAAAAGACCCCGGGGUCCUUUGUUCCAACGCCCUGCAAUGCAUAAAUCUCAGCUAAAGCAUCCACGACUCUCCAAUUUCUUGUACGUUUUCCUCUCCUGUGAUUGAGACUUCGAUUUGUCUGCCUCAUUCUGAGGGCACUUGAACAUUUCUUGGCUGAAAUUUGGGUCGUCGUGGGGUUUUGAACUUACCUCAGUGUCAUGUUUAAACAUUUCUCCAGCCUCCCUAAACUGACCGCACUGCCUGAUCUGAAAAAAAAACCCAACUUAUCUCCCUCCCAACCACAGGAAUUUCACACACACCCCAACACUCUCCUCUGCAAUUAUUAUUUUGUUAUUAAUAAUUAAAUUUCUCUACCGCCCUUCAUCCGAGGAUCACCAGGAUGGAGAAAAACUGGGAUAAAUUUUCAGCACAGCCCUGAAAAUUCAACGUCCUUUUUUUCAAUGCAAGGAAAAAAGAAGGCACUUAAGACCCAGUUCAAAGGAAGAAAAUCCUCUUGGUAAUCUAAAGGAGGAGUAGCAGGCGAGACAUUCCGAAAGCCCUGGAAUGAGUGGUUUAGGAAGCUGCACUUUCUCAUUUUAGUACUUUAUAUUCAGAUCAUGCCCUGUUUCGCCUUUUCAGCUUCUAAUGGAAUUGUUUGUUGAAUUCGUCGCUUACUGGUUGAAUGUUAAAUAUGGAAGAUGUCACCAAAUUCACUGUACAAUCUUAUCUCUGUCGACUCGAACCCUGGACACAGUCAGACAAGUCUCCUGGACUUGAGCACAUAGCCACGCACUUCCUGGGCCUCCCAGGAGACAAUGAUGCUAAGUCCCAUUUUGCUGCUGAGGAUACAAAUAGGGUUUCCUUUGUCAGGCAAGGAUUGAACUCUUAGAGGGAGGUUUCAAAGGCAUGGCAAUCUCUGCAUGUCCCCUUGUGGAAGCUCCUCUUUUGCCCUUUCCUCCCUGCAGGCAUACCUCAUCUAUUCCAGCAGCGUUGCGGCCGGAGCACAGAGUGGGAUUGAGGAAUGCAAGUUCCAGUUUGCUUGGGAUCGCUGGAACUGCCCAGAGAGAGCUUUGCAACUCUCCAGCCACGGAGGACUGCGUAGUGGUAAGAAAAUGUCAGGAGGGUUGCCCGGAGCCUUCUGGCGAACCAGAGCAGCACACGGAAACGCCGUUUACCUUCCCGCUGGUACCUAUUUAUCUACUUGCACUUUGAUGUGCUUUCGAACUGCUAGGUUGGCAGGAGCAGGGACCGAGCAACGGGAACUCAUCCCGUCGCGGGGAUUCGAACCGCCGACCUUCUGAGCGGCAAGUCAUAGGCUCUGUGGUUUAACCCACAGUGCCACCCACGUCCCUUGCCUGAAGUGACCCCCCCAAACGGGUCCCCCCUUAACUCAAGUUGGUCCAGCACCAAAGCUGGUCAAAUUAUUUUAAGCCCCUGAGGUAGAAAACCCCACAAGCACCUCCCUCCCUCUCUGGCAAUACAAAUAUGAUGGCAAUGCAUUAAAUAACUAACAAUUUGCAACCAGCUCAUGACACCCAGGAAACUGCCUCGCUCAGUCUAAAGAUAGGACCAGCCCCAUGGGAGCUGUUAAGGGGAUUUAAGGAUGCUUUUAACUCCAGAGUUUAUGUGCCCUUUUAAAGACGCAGUCACCCAAGGAAGAAGCUUUUAUGAUCUCACAACCAUCACUGACAUAAUCUAGUUCCCUGGCAAUUGAUCUAUCUAUUACACAACAGGGGAGCUGAGGAGAAAAAGCUAUGGCCAACCGCUGCUUUAGCCAAAUAUGUGCUUUUCUUCCUGGGGGUACGCAGGGGUAUGCAGAACCCUUAACAUUUUGUGAAUCUAAUGGGGAAGAAACAAUUUUUAAAAUUAAAAAAUAGUUUCUUCUCUAGCACGGUGAAUUGUCAGUUCCGUUGUUACUACCUCUGAUUGUUGUUACCACCUUCAUUCCUUUCCAGGUGUUUCCUGAGUCGCAUACAGAAGCGAGCGUCAGGGGUCAGCAAACUUUUUCAGCAGGGGGCCGGUCCACUGUCCCUCAGACCUUGUGCGGGGCCGGACUAUAUUUUGAAGGGGAAAAAAUGAACGGAUUCUUAUGCCCCACAAAUAACCCAGAGAUGCAUUUUGAAUAAAAGCACACAUUCUACUCAUGUGAAAACACCAGGCAGGCCCCACAAAUAACCCAGAGAUGCAUUUUAAAUAAAAGCACACAUUCUACUCAUGUACAAACACGCUGAUUCCCGGACCGUCCCCGGGCCGGAUUUGGAAGGCGAUUGGGCCGGAUCCGGCCCCCGGGCUUUAGUUUGCCUACCCAUGGUUUAAUGUGUGAAGCAGUGUGGAAUGUGGACGUGUGGUGUUUUGCUGAUUAAAGUUUGAUUUCAUUGAAGGUCAGUCUUUCAAAAUGAGUAAUGCACGUUCUUUGUACUUUUGUCCAUUUACUGUAUUCAUUUCCCCCGAUUUGAACUAUAAGAUGGUGAUUUUCUUGAGUCAAAAUGAGAGUACCCCUAAAUGUGUUUUUUUAAAGGAAAAAAGGGCUGUGGUUACCAAAUCCGGCUGCUUUGCUUAUCUUUGCACAUCUGUACCUCCAGCUGUGACCUAUCAGCGGCACUGCCACCCGAGAGAAAUGUAGAGAACCAAAAGCCAAACAGUACGCUCUGUGUAUUGUUUUCUCUAACAGGUUUGGUUUUUUUAGUGCAAUCUAGAUGGCUUCAAGGGUGGCGCUGUGGGUUAAACCACAGACCCUAGGACUUGCCGAUCAGAAGGUUGGCGGUUCGAAUCCCCGCGACGGGGUGAGCUCCCGUUGCUCUGUCCCUGCUCCUGCCAACCUAGCAGUUCGAAAGCAUGUCAAAAGUGCAAGUAGAUAAAUAGGUUCCGCUCUGGCGGGAAGGUAAACGGCGUUUCCAUGCACUGCUCUGGUUCGCCAGAAGUGACUUAGUCAUGCUGGCCACAUGACCUGGAAGCUGUCUGCAGAAAAAAGCCGGCUCCCUCGGCCUAUAGAGCGAGAUGAGCGUGCAACCCCAGAGUCAUCUGCAACUGGACCUCUAACCAUCAGGGGUACCUUUACCUUUACCUUAAAACAUUUUUUUUCAAUUCAGUAUGGAUCAUUUCCCAAUACAGUACUCUUUCAUCCUUUUACAAGUCCAAGUUUCAGCCUUACUGUUCAGGAUGCUCCAAAUCACAGGAGCUGCUGCCGUAUCCUGUCUUGCACCUCCUUUAGUUUCCUUUUUCCUGUGUCUUCGUUUGACAGCAAACCGAGAAACAGCCUUUGUCCAUGCGAUCAGCUCCGCUGGAGUCAUGUACACACUGACACGCAAUUGCAGCCUUGGCGACUUUGACAACUGUGGAUGCGAUGAUUCACGCAACGGGCAACUUGGUAAGGACUCUUGUGUAGGGUUGCCAUAUUUCAAAAAGUAAAAAAACCAGGACAUCCCAAAAGUUGUAGAGCUUUUUCAAUUCGCUUGCCUAAGAUCCAGGACAAAGUGCUGCCUUUUGGAACCCCGCCCCCCCCCAUCGAUUCUGCCUUUGAAAUCCAAGUCAUGUCUGGAAAAAUCCGGACGUAUGGCCACCCUACUCUUGUGACCAUUCUUAUUGCAAGAGAAGCAAAACUGCCAAUCCAAACAUAAUAUUUCUUGCCCUUCUCUACGUCCUCGCUUUAUUAGAAUCAUAGAUCAGAGUUGGAAGGGUCCCUGAGGAUCCUGUAGUUUAUAUGUAGCUUUCCCAUAUGGGGAUCAAACCUGUGACCUUGCUGUUAUCAGCACCAUGCUCUAACCAACUGAGCUAGAAAACUGUGCAGAAUUGAUUCUCCCCUAUCAGUGCUAUGGCAGUGAGUGCAAUCCUAUGUGUGUCCAUUCAGAAGUCAGUCCCUCUGAAUUCAGUGGAAAUUAUUCCCACCAGGUUACAUAGGACUGUAGCUUCAGUAUUCUGCAAGAAAUGGUGUAUUUUCAUAGAAUCCUAGGGAUGGGAGAAAAACCUUGGAGGUGAUCUAGUUCAACCUCCUGCACAAUUCAAUGCACUCACUCAGACAACUUGAAACCGUCGCGGCUUUUUCCAAAGAAUCCCAGGAACUGUGGUUUAUUAAGGGUGCUGAGAGUUUGCGAGGAGUCGCCUAUUUCCCCUUGGAAAGAUACAAUUCCUGGAGUUCCCCACAAAAUGGGUUUGAUUGUUAAACCACUCUGGGGGUUGUGGAAUUUGUUAUUGCCCCUAAAACAAAUCUCGUUAUUGAGAAUCCAGCUCUUUUCUGGCUGCAGCUGUAACACUCACCAUGAGGAUGAAAGGACUGAAAGAAGCUUGCCUGCCUCUUGACUCCAUAUACCGUAUUUUUCGCUCUAUAAGAUGCACCAGACCACAAGACGCACCUAGUUUUUGGAGGAGGAAAACAAGAAAAAAAAUAUUCUGAAUCUCAGAAACCAGAACAGUGAGAGGGAUCGCUGCACAGUGAAAGCAGCAAUCCCUCUUGCUGUUCUGGCUUCUGGGAUAGCUGCGCAGCCUGCAUUCGCUCCAUAAGACGCACACACAUUUCCCCUUACUUUUUAGGAGGGAAAAAGUGGGUCUUAUAGAGCAAAAAAUACGGUAUCUGAUGACAUCUCUCUCUCUCUCUCUCUCCAACAGGAGGACAAGGGUGGCUGUGGGGCGGCUGCAGCGACAACGUGGGCUUUGGGGAGGCCAUUUCAAAGCAGUUUGUGGACGCACUUGAGACAGGGCAGGACGCCAGAGCAGCGAUGAACCUGCAUAACAAUGAGGCAGGCAGAAAGGUAACGACACAUUUUCCACCUAUGGCAAAUGAAAAAGAUUGAAGGAGGAGAUGGGUAUCCUUUAGCCUUCUUCCUGAUGAGGUAGCCUCCUCUGGAGCAGCCAAUUCAGAUGGAUGGCUUGAUACAGAGAAACACUUUGGCAAGUUUCCUGAAGGCUCCAGAAUUUAAUGUCAGCAGGUUUGCCAUUCAUAAAUUUCUGUCGAAAUUGGAAGGAAGACUCUGACCACCGAUGGAACAGUUUUGCAAAACAGUUGCAAAGUACCCCCUCCCUUUCAGGUAGAAAAUUAUGAUCCAUUUCCGUCAAAAGUCUUCUAGUUCUAGAUACUGAACUCGCAGGACACGGGUGGCGCUGUGGUCUAAACCACUGAGUCUCUUGGGCUUGCCAAUCGGAAGGUCGGUGGUCUGGAUCCACUCGACGGGGUGAGCUCCUGUUGCUCUGUCCCAGCUCCUGCCAACCUAGCAGUUCAAAAGUACGCCAGUGAAGUAGAUAAAUAGGUACCGCUGUGGCGGGAAGGUAAACAGUGUUUCCAUGCGCUCUGGUUUCCGUCACAGUGUCCUGUUGCACCAGAAGCGGUUUAGUCAUGCUGGCCACAUGACCCAGAAAGCUGUCUGUGGACAAAAGCCAGCUCCCUUGGCCUGAAAGCGAGAUGGGCGCUGCAACCCCACAGUUGCCUUUGACUGAACUUAACCGUCCAGGGGUCCUUUACCUUACCUUUUUACUGAACUUGGGCUGGGGAGUGGCCAGUGCCGGAUUUACGUAUAAGCUAAAUAAGCUAUAGUUUAGGGCCCCACUGUCUUGGGGGCCCCAAAAAAAUUUAAAGGAAAAAAAGUGGAUGUACAUUUCCAAAAUAUAAGAUAAAAAGCAAUUGCUUUGAUAAAAUACAUAUUUUGUUAUGUGCAAAUGGCUUGAGAUAACUAUUAGGUACAGAAUUGACCAUAUAGCAUAUAUUCAACACAAAAAACAGUGGCAAUUCGUUGUUGACAAAGGGCAUAUAAAGGGUCCCAUUACCUUCAGUAGCUUAGGGCCUCAUCAAACCGAAAUCCGGCCCUGGGAUUGGCUUCCGGUCCACCUGGCCUUCAUAGAAUCAUAGAAUCAUAGAGUUGGAAGAGACCACAAGGGCCAUCGAGUCCAACCCCCUGCCAAGCAGGAAACACCAUCAGAGCACUCCUGACAUAUGGUUGUCAAGCCUCUGCUUAAAGACCUCCAAAGAAGAAGACUCCACCACACUCCUUGGCAGCAAAUUCCACUGUCGAACAGCUCUUACUGUCAGGAAGUUCUUCCUAAUGUUUAGGUGGAAUCUUCUUUCUUGUAGUUUGGAUCCAUUGCUCCGUGUCCGCUUCUCUGGAGCAGCAGAAAACAACCUUUCUCCCUCCUCUAUGUGACAUCCUUUUAUAUAUUUGAACAUGGCUAUCAUAUCACCCCUUAACCUCCUCUUCUCCAGGCUAAACAUGCCCAGCUCCCUUAGCCGUUCCUCCUAAGGCAUCGUUUCCAGGCCUUUGACCAUUUUGGUUGCCCUCCUCUGGACACGUUCCAGUUUGUCAGUGUCCUUCUUGAACUGUGGUGCCCAGAACUGGACACAGUACUGCAGGUGAGGUCUGACCAGAGCCUUCUUGCAUGGCAUUCCCUCUUGUCUUUUCCUUCCUCUCUAGGCAGUGAAAGGGACCAUGAAGAGGACCUGCAAAUGCCACGGAGUAUCCGGCAGCUGCACCACGCAGACCUGCUGGCUGCAGCUGCCCGAGUUUCGAGAAGUAGGGACCUACCUGAAGGAGAAGUACCACAAAGGCCUGAAAGUCGACUUGCUCCAAGGGGCAGGCAACAGUGCCGCCAGCCGGGGGGCAAUUGCAGAAACCUUCAGCUCCAUCUCCAAGAAGGAGCUGGUCCACCUGGAGGACUCCCCUGACUACUGCCUGGAGAACAAGACUCUGGGCUUGCUGGGGACGGAGGGCCGGGAGUGCCUGAAGAGGGGCAAGGCUUUGAGCAAGUGGGAGAAGCGCAGCUGUCAGCGUCUGUGCGGGGACUGUGGGCUGGCCGUGGAGGAGCGGCGAGCCGAGAUGGUGUCCAGCUGCAACUGCAAGUUCCACUGGUGCUGCGCCGUCCGGUGCGAGCAGUGCCGCAAGCGCGUCACCAAAUAUUACUGCGUGCGCAAGGAGAAGCGGGAACGUGGUGGGGGCAGCGCGGCCUCCCGCAAACUCAAGAGGAAGCAGCCCUAA